AUGGCGCGCCUUGCUUCAAGGCUGCAGAAUCCGCCAACGUUCAUCGACCACCAGUGUGGCCGCUUCCUCAUCAUGGACGCGCCGACAGAUGCGAACCUCUCUCUCUAUCUCGAGGAGGCACGCCGGCUCGGCGUCGGCACGUGGGUGCGCUGCUGCGAGGGGUGCUCGUACGACCCGGCCAAGGUGGCUGGCGCGGGCAUCAGCGAGCACGACCUCAGCUUCCCCGACGGGGAGGCGCCGCCGCUACCGCUCAUCUCGCGCUGGCUGGACCUGUGCUUUGCGGACGAGGCGACCGUUGCUGCGGGGGUGGAUGCAGGCGACGCCGUCGAUUUCAUCAGGAAGAGACGGCGCGGCGCGAUUAACAAGGUGCAGCUCAAGUAUGUGCUGGAGUACAAGCCGACACGGCGCAAGGACAAGUGCGUGCUGAUGUGAGCGGACGCCGUUUUAGUGAGACUCGCAACCUUGCUCCAUCCUCGCUCUGCCCCUCCCCCCUCCCGCGUGCUUCGUGGAACGGCGGAUGCAUAGUGGCCCGCGCGGGCGCUCUCGGCCGGUGGCCGCUCAGUGCCUCGCCUUCGCUGGCAAACACCGCGGCGCGAGCGAGCGCCGGCGCGCGCGCCGCGUGAUGCUCUCCCGCCGUGCGACGGACCUCGCGGUUUCGAUAGUGGGGCUGGUCUCCGGGUCUUAUUGUGGGGGGGGCGGGGCGGGGGGGGCUGCGCGAGCGGCUUUGCCCGGGGCUGUCCUGAGGGCGCGGGUCUCGGGAGAGCUUGAGCGACACACGACAGAGUCAUCUUCGCGCUCGCCCGUGGUGCGCGCCGUGGACCGCGCCGUCCGUGUCUCUAUACCGUCUCCACGAGAUAUCUGUAAAAAGUAAUAUAUCUUUA